AUGGCUGAAUAUGUCUCUGCUGCACCUUGGUUGCAUACCAUAGGAUCCUCGGGAACCGUCACCCCUUCCCGCCUGAAGCUGCGCUCCUUAUCCCCUCCGAGUUUGAACAAGCAAGUCACAAAGUCCGUUUCUACGCCGCAGUUGGGGAAGCGGGCGCAUUCGAGCCCCCUGGUGGCCUUCGACAGCGACGUCCUGAACACCAUACCCGAUCCUAGAACCGCGACACCUGAAUGCUCUUUGUCACGCUCUAAUUCCACCGACGCCUCACCUCACCCGGAUCUAAGUCAAGAAGUCGCGACGCUGAGCACGAAACUGGUCAACGCAAUCAACCACCAGGACACUUUGGACAAUGCACUACAACGGACAAGGCAGGAGUUAGAUGCGACAAGGGAGAGGUUGGAGGAAUAUGAGAAGCGAGUCAUGGAGCAUGAGAAACUGGUGCAGACGGGUCGGCUGGUAGAGAAGGAGGUGUUUGACAAGAUGGAGAAGCAGUUAUUGAGCGACCUGGAGGACGAAAGGAAGCGCCGCCGAGACGCUGAGAAAGCGAAGAGGAAGGUGGACUCCGAAGUCGAGACUUUGACUUCUGCGCUCUUCGAAGAGGCCAACACAAUGGUGGCGGCUGCUCGCAAAGAGACUGAGGCUGCAGAGAAACGAAACGAUCAGCUGAAGCAACAGUUAGCGGAUGCCGAAAUCCUUCAGCUGUCCCUUCAAGAACAACUCCAGGACCUAAAAUCUGUAAUGGAGAAAAUGAGUGAGCGCGAUGACAUGGAGAGCAACACACUUGCAACGACCACGGCGCCCUCAACCCCUGGGAUAACGCCUGCGGACAAGCUCAACAAGCUCUUCGAAGCUGCCAACCUGACACCAAAUACCCCUGGAUCUGAUGAGAUUGCGCCAGAGCACCCCCUCCACUUUCACCAUCUGAUACACCCGGUCCUGAGGACUGACCUGCCCUCGUUUAGGGACUUCGAGGAGAUGAUCUGGAAUAGCACUCGCUCGGCCCCUUCAAGCCGUGUAUCAAGUGGCAAUUACGGCGGCCUCAAUGUGCUCGGUCUCGGCGCGCUCACCAACAACUCGACUUCAUCGCUGCCAGCAGCCAGCCGAUCGCCCAGCUCUAAUGGUGGUGAUUCGCGGCGCGACUCUACUGCAAGUACAACGGCCUCAAACUUAAAAGACGAGAAGUUCUACAAGCGCGCCCUGUCCGAGGAUAUUGAACCCACUCUGCGCCUCGAUAUCGCCCCCGGGUUGUCAUGGAUGGCCCGGCGCACUGUGAUCAACAGCAUUACUGCGGGGUCUUUGGUCAUUGAGCCCGCGCCUCCGCCUCAGAAGUUUCGCGGACCGGUUUUCCCUUGUUCCUUGUGCGGCGAGUGUAGGAAAGGCGACGAAUAUGCACGAAAGUAUAGAUUCAAGUCAUCGGAAACUGAUGAAACGAAGCACCCGUUGUGCGAUUGGUGCGUGAAUCGCAUGAGGGCUACUUGCGACUACAUUGGCUUCCUGAGGAUGAUUGCAGCAGGGCAUUGGAGGGCAGAGACAGAAGCGGAAAAGAAGAAUGCUUGGGAAGAAAGCGUACGGUUAAGGGAGCGUAUGUUCUGGAGCCGAGUGGGAGGAGGUGUUGUUCCCGCAUUCUUACCAACGAAAGAAAGUCCCACGAGUCCUGCGUUUGCUACCAAAGACGGCCAGACGAGGACGAGCGAAGAGAGCCAAUUAUCAGAUGCUAAGGCGUUGGAUUCAGCCGUGGAUAUGACGCAGCCGACUAAGCGGACCUCAACGAUAGUGGACGACCCUUUCCGGUCGAAAGAGGAGGAUAAGGCUAAGAGAGUCUCCAUAGGGAAGACCAUUAUCAUGAAUGAAGGCGCGACCGAAGGUCUGACUCCGGCGGAGGAGAGGAAGAUCGAAAAGGAGGUUAAUGAGCAACUGCACAACGAGGUUCGGAGAUCUAUCGAAGCGAAGAGAGAAGGUGGACUGCAGCGCACUCGAGCGGUCUCCACGUCCAUAUCACCAUUGGGAACACCGAAGAAGAAGGACGAGCGACUGAGCCUUACGAUUCCAGGAGCCUUUGAGUGA